AUGACACUCAUGCUGCCAUGCGCGCUCGAAUGCAGGCGCUCGUGCACCGGCUUAUACUCCUCUCCUUCCUCCUCACCUACCCCCCCUCCCUCCCCCUCCCCCACAGGCCAGUUGAUUUCACCCGCUAACGAACGGGAAGGGGGCCCAUUAUUCAUGAACAGCAGUAGCGGAGACGAAUACGAUCCGGCAGAGGUGUCCAUACAUACAGCCGCUGCGCCGUCCUCUACUAGCAAUGCCGUGAUACCUUCAGCGGGGUUGUCGUUGAGGUCAGCAGCAGGGCGGGUGUCUGCCUUAUCUGCCUUGUCCUUUGCGCCAAAAACGACGGCUUCAGUGACGCCCUCUUCCUCCCUGCCGGACCCGCGCAGUGCUGGCAGCGACGUCGACGGUGGCUAUCGCUUGCACAGCAACAUCAAGGGCCGCGUUCGCUGCCUCACGCUCAAUCCGACUGGCACAACGUUGUGCGCCGGCAGCGAGGAUGGGCAGCUGUGCAUGUGGGACUUCACUGUCCCGCUUCAGUCGCAUCGCGUGCUGCCAACGCGGGUGCUGACGCCAUUUGUGAACCGCAUCUCAGGAUUGCAGCCCGUCAUCGCCUUGUCAUACGCGAGGGAUGGCAGCUACUUUGUCGCUUGUCAGGAUGGGGACAGCCCGGUGCUGGUGCGAGCGUCGGGCGAACAACUGGGGUACUGUGCAAUAGGGGAACGUGGCUUGAUGGAUGUGGUUCAGUGCAAGGGCCAUCGUGCCCCCGUCACGUGUGUAGCCGCGCACACUCACGACGCAGCGGCCUUCUUCACGGGCAGCCAAGACGGCACGGUGCGGCUGUGGAGCAGCACCACAUUCAAGCAGCUCAGUGUCUACGCGGUGAAACACGGAUCUGGGCAGUUGACAGACACCCAUGUGGUUGAGAGCGUGACCAGCCUCGACGGCUUCCACAAUGGACUGGGGCGCGUCUUUGCCAGCGGAGGGCAGGAUGGCCGAGUGCAGAUGUGGGACAGCAGGGUCAAGUACCGCCCCGGUGGGGCCAUCGCUACAGUGGACAUGUACGCUCCCACAGUACCGGCGGGGCCAGGUAAGGCGACGGGGGAUCCCUUCAUGGAAAAGCACGUGGGCGGCAUGAUGGAGCUACAUCACAAGGACGCGGGCUCCUCUUGCACUUCCGGCAGCUAUGGGCUUGCCGUACGUCUGGGCAGCGUUGUCAAGAUGAUCGACCUCCGCCGGCUCUCUGGCAGCGAUGCUACCACUGCGUCGAAAUCAGUGGUACAAGAGGUGGCUAGCGGGCUGCCCCACGUACUCGACACGACCGCUCUGUCGAUAGGGUGCGGUGGUGGGUCUUCGACAAUGAUGACGUGUACGAGUCGUGCCGGCUACAGACAAGCAACUGGCGGCCACGUAGUGCAGUAUCGCUAUGUGGAAGGUGACGGGCUCGACCCGACCUUGGUCUGGCGGGCCGGCCGGCAGGACGAGGAUGUCCUCUGCGCAUGUGCAGAUACCAGUCGUGCUGACGGAUGCGUUUUCGCUGGCCUCAGCUCGGGCGAUGUGGUGGUGCACGGCGCCUUCUCGAGUGGUGUAGCGGCUUCGCAGCCCAUUGAAGCGUGGUUACAGACACGCCCGCAGAGAGAGGGAUGCGGGCGUGUUGUCGGUGAAAAGGCACCGCGCGCCGAUGAGGACGAUAUCGAUCUGAUGCGCAGCCUCUUCUAG